GAUGCACUUUUGGUUUGACAGAUUGCGCGAUAGAAAACAGGUCGAAGGAGGAUGUUUUGUGCUCGCCCAAAGAACAAUUCCAUGUGUGUGGCUACUAAGAUGGUUCAACUAACGUAACGAGCGAUGUCAGAAAGCAGGAGGUUAUCAACGAGCCACGGCAUGUCCCACUAUGAAGUGCUCCAAGUUCCGGCCAAUGCAACGACGGAAGAAAUUCGUAAAUCCUACCAAACGCUUGCGCUCCAGUAUCAUCCGGAUAAGCGGAAAGGCGGAAAUGAUGGCCCCGAGGGCUCGGAAACGGAGAAUUUCAUUCGAAUCGACGAAGCGUGGAAGGUUCUGCGGGAUGAGCAGAAACGGCGAGUGUACGAUGCCGAGCUCAUGCAGCAAUCUUGCCAGGAAGAGUAUUUUAUUAACGAAAUACUAACGCUGGAAGAUUUCGAGAAGCAUGAGGAGGAAGACUAUCGCUUGCAUGUGUGUCGCUGUGGAGGAUUCUACAUUUUACCCGAUGAGCCGAUAACCGAAAAGAUCUACGUUUGUUGCGACGAGUGCUCGCUGGUGGUGCAGGUGAAUCCAGUUUGAUUUCGAGAUUUGUAUAAUAAAUGUACAGAACAGAUUUUAAUUUUAUAA